GACCGUGCCCAAGUGCUGCGUUUGCUUUGACUGGAUAACGUGAAUGACACAUUCUAGAAACUCGGUUCACACCGCAUGUGGCGCAACGGAGAGAGGAGGCGUAAACAGCAGAGAAUCGCGUAGCUAGGUUGCUAGCUAAGAUUAUGGAGAUGAGCAGUAGCGAGUGCUUCCGAUGUGGCCGUCCUGGGCAUUGGAUCAAGAACUGUCCCGAAGCUGGAGGGCGUGGCCGCGGCAGGGGCAGAGGAAGAGGAAAGGAUCUGUUCUGCUAUCGCUGUGGAGAGCAAGGUCACAUUGCCAGGGACUGUGAACAGACCGAGGAUGCCUGCUACAACUGCCACAGGAGCGGCCAUAUUUCCCGUGACUGCAAGGAGCCCAAGAAGGAGCGGGAGCAGUGUUGCUACAGCUGUGGCAAGGCUGGCCACGUGGCCCGCGACUGCGACCAUGCCAACGAGCAGAAGUGCUAUUCCUGCGGAGGCUUUGGCCACAUCCAGAAACUUUGUGAUAAAGUAAAAUGUUACAGGUGUGGCGAGAUCGGCCAUGUGGCUGUGCAGUGCAGCAAAGCCAGUGAGGUGAACUGCUACAAGUGCGGCAACACUGGCCACCUGGCAAAAGAGUGCACCAUUGAAGCCACAGCAUAAUCAGUGCCCUUUGUUGCCCCUCCUAUUUUUUUCUGAUUGAUGGUUGGUUGUAUUGUUUUUCUCUGAAUCCUCUUCACCGGCCAAAGGUUGGCUGACAGAGGCUAGUCCCGGGCCAGUGAGCCUCUCGACAUUUAAUAUAAAGAAAGGGGUAAAAAAAAAAAAUUCUGCAUUCAACACAAAAAAAGUUUGUUUAGUUUGGUAGCAGUGUUUAUGUUUAAUGCUUUGUUAAAGAACCCCUUCUUUCCAAGCCACUGGUGAGCAGAGAUGAAUGAAUGGGACUAAAUAUAUGGGAUAUAGAGGACCUCUGGGCUUGUGGAAAGUGAGUCUCAGUAAGAAGGGAGUAAAAAGAAACCUGAACUUCCAUGUAUGGUUUGUUUUAGCGGGAUGACAUUGGUAACAGUUCACACUAUAUGAUCCAUCUGCAUCUGGGCCCUACAAGCAGCUAAGUGCCGGGCGAUAACAUGAAUGAUGCGUUAUCGAUAAAUGGCGUUACAUUUUUGGAGAAAUUGAAAGAAUCUUAAGUUCUUUUAUAAUAGAAAAAAAAAUAAUUGUUUACAAUUUAAAGGAAUAUGGGUAAAUAGACCAAGGUAGACGUUUCCCCCCAAAAAAAACGAUUUUGGAAACUUUUACCUUGGAGGAAAAAUGUGCAUCAAGAACACAGUUGUCAGAUCAUCAGAAUUAGCCGUUAUUUGGGAGUGGAGAAUGUUUUCACAGAAAUCAAAUGUUAUUUUUGUACAAUAUCACUUAGACUACUGUAAAAAUACCAUUUGCUUGUACUCAGUUUAAGUCGGAAGGAAAUGCAACUGAAGUCCUAGAACAUAGAAAUGUAAUUUUAAACUCAAUAAAGCUGGAGGAGCACAGGGAG